AAAAUAUCGAAAGGCGCCGCCCUCCACCCUUUUCAGUCUGUGCGCACGAGAUGGGCUUCAGAUCAGCGGCAGUCAUGGUGGCAUGCUCCUUCCUACUCGGCACGCUCUUCAUCUGCGCUAUCGUCGACAUCCCUGUCCUCUUUGGGCCUCAACCACCCACUCACGAUAGUCUCGACAAGGCAGAACGGUUUUAUUAUGCCCUCUGGACGGGUCCGCUCGCUGUACGGACGCUCUUGCACGUCAUGAUGGUUGUCAUCACGGCUGCCAUCUGCCUCAAGCUCGCCGAUGGAACAGAUAGCGCUCUCUACUUUGACGGCGGCUCUGUCUUGCUGCUGAUCAUGGGCAUAGCGCUCUACACGACAGUGACGGUGCCCACGCUCGAGGCCAUCUCCGAGUCCUUCGUGUCGCCCAAAAAGGCCUACCCACUCAAUCCAUCGUUGCUCUUCUCGUUCCAAAACAUGAUCAGCAAGACGCCUCUGUCAGCUGAGCAGAUUGCCGGAAUGACAACUGAACCGCUCACUGCCCUCGAGAGAGCCGAGAGCAUCGGCGUACUCUGCGCGAGUAACGCGCUCUCUGUGCUCGCACUCGCGGGCAUCUUGCUCUUGCAAAGCGGGCAAUGGUACGCAGAGGCGUGGGAGAGGAACGCCCUCCUGGCCGAAGAUAGGCGGCUCGCAGCUGUGGCAGAGGCCCGCCGGAAAGCGCAGUGAGACGCUAGUCAUAGGUUGUAGCCAGCAAUACAUGUGAUCAAUGACAACAAGGCAUAUGACAGCAAGACAGAGAGACUGCUACUGACACAGAACCACACCACUGCGAAGAGGAACCCCUUACGUUCUACCUUUUGCGGCUGCACGAAAUCGCCAUUCGAUGAUGAGGUAGAUGAGCGCAUCCACAAAUCCUUGCAAGAACACAAGCCAUCGACUGGCUGCUUGCAAGUCAGAAUUGCCUUGACCGUGAUUGGCAAGAUUGUUGAUCAAGCGUCCCAGCGAGACC